AUGAGGGAAGGUCUCCUCACUGGUAGUUUCUUCGACACCAAAGUCUACGCAUAUUCUCGCAGAGCCACAUCCGAUAGGAUAAUUGAGCCGCGAUGUAUCUUCGCGAACAGUGUUUUGCUCAAGACUACAUCGGAAUUCUUUGUCACUCUCCUUUCCGAGCAGUUUUCGGAAGCACAGCCGAGGACAGACCUUGCGUGUGAGGGAUACACGAGUAUCGAUGAGUACGAUUAUGGAGACGACAGUGAUCUGGAAGAUGUAGAACUUGAAGACGAGAGCGGAGAUACACCCCUAGUCAAGAACUGUGCGGAUUCCAUCUUGCACGACGAUGUCAGCCAGUGUCGAGGUUCAGUGUUGGGCUCAGACGCACCCGGAAUACUGGCUCCCGCCCCGGAUUCGGUCGGCGUGCGAGAUACGACGAUACGGGCAAUUUUCCUGAGGAAUGUCGCAUCCAAUACGAUACAAGCCUUUGUCUUCUAUCUGCUUACUGGCAUCGUUGACUUCGCCCCGCUCCGGUCGCAGUCCAUCACUGUCGCAAGGAGCGCCACACGAACUCCACAGCAUCAAGCCCCAAGCUGUUCGCCGAAAUCCAUGUACCGUCUGGCUCACCUGUACGGAAUCAAAGAAUUGCAGGCGCUGGCAAUACAAGACAUCGCCUCCAAGAUAUCGCAUGAAAACAUUGUGCCUGAAUUGUUCUCAUCUCUCACGGCCAGGUACCCUGAGAUCCAGCAGACCGAGGUCAAUUUCCUCAUCGACAAGGGAUUUACUGCAGGGGUGUUCGCCGCGAUGCCAACUUGGAUCUCGAAGGUCGCCUCCGGUUCUCUGGGACGUCUCAGUGGUGACGUCCUUGCUUUGUUACUGCAACGAUUAGCCACUAAGCCUGUUCCUCGCCUUAAAACUCCAUUCUGCGACGAAUGCGCGGAGUCGUGUCCACACCGCCCCUCAAAAAAGGCUCGUAAUGCAUCGUCUCGGUGA